AUGGCCGCGGCGUUAGCGGCCGACGAGGUUCAGCCUCUCGACAUCCAGAACCUAGCCAUCAACGAUUCCACAUUCAAUCGCCUCCUUACAAGACUCGCACUGAAGACUUGGGGAAGGUUGUACAAGUCUGAUGGCUUUUGUAGCCCCAUAUCGAGAAAGAAGAUAGUCAAGACUGGCCCUUACGUUCAUUUGACCGAAGCCGCGACCAUGAGGUACAUCGCCGAAAAUACAUCAAUCCCAGUACCGAGAGUGCAUUGCGCAUUUGCUCACAAAGGUCGCUCUUUCAUCGUGAUGGAGCGUAUCCAUGGGGAAGAGAUACCCGCCGCUUGGAAUCGGCUUGGAGAGGAGGGGCGAGCGAAAAUCUUCGCACAGCUCAAAGGCAUGAUCGAGGAAAUGAGGUUUUUGGAACCUCCGCCGGGCACUGGAGUACAGAGUUGCGUUGGAGGCAGUCUCUAUGACUCACGAAUGAACAGAAACGAAACUCGCUUCGGCCCGUUCGCGACCAUUCAAGACUUUCACAUCUGGCUUCGAAAAGGCUUUCGCUCCACCGACCGUACACAAUCUAGCAAUCUGGAAAGCUCUGAAGAGAAACAGCUGGAAGAAAUGGAAGCUAUGCAGGAUGGUCCAUGGCCACACCCUGUUUUCACACAUGCUGAUCUCAACCCAUCCAACAUCUUGGUUCGAGGCGAGGAGGUUGUAGGCAUCAUUGAUUGGGAAUUUGCAGGUUGGUAUCCGCACUAUUGGGAGUACACUUCCGCAUGGUUUGGAAACCUGGUCAGGACUGGUUGGCAGGAUUGUCUGAGCCGCUUCCUCGAGACGUUUCCCGCAGAGUUCGAGAUGGAGAAAACACGAAACAAGUGGUGGGGUGAAUUCUGA